UCCAUAGCGACUGUACUUCAACGGUUUGUUUGUGUAGUGGUAGUUAGUGUUACAAAAUCCGUGUGUUUAGGUGUGUUGGUGUUGUGGAAGCUACUGUGUUGUGGAAGCUACUGUGUUGUUCCUGUUUGUGGACAUUUUUUAUGUUGCCAUCAGACAUCAAGAGGAAUACGGUAUUCCACGAAGCUAGACAUGAAGAAAUCUCAUAAGGAAUCGGUGACACCUAAAACACUGCCGCGGAAAACCUUAAGGCCUCGCAGAGUUAGAUUUGACCUGCCUGUGAAGGAGAAAGAGGUUUCACCAUCUCAGGAGACAUUGAAGGAGUCUUGCUCUCAUCAGAAGAAAGUGAAAUCCUCCCCAUCUUCUCCAACAGUUGAAGGGCCAUCUGUGGCAAACAGGACAAGAAAAAGAAAGCGGUCUGUGGCACCUUCCUCCCGUCUGCAGCAAGAACCAGGAUGCAACCUUGUUAAGAGUGAUUUGCCAGCUGGACAGACAGAAACUGCCUGUUCAACACCUGCACCAGUGCUUUCGGACACAAUAGAGGAGCCCGAAGAGUGUCCUCCGAAGAGACGAACACUACAUUCUCUCUUAAGUGUGGAACAAGAGAUAGUUCAAAUAUUGGCAGAAAUGCAAAUGAAGAGAUCUGGUUGUACUUUUGGUACUAAUGAUGAAGAAACCAAAAGAAACGUUACAAACGACACACAAACUGAAGAUAAUAGAUCUGGUGUCAAUGAUGAAGACAUGGGGAAAAAUGCUAUAAACCACGAACAAACUGAACAUAAUGGCACUGUUCCAGUUGCUGUUGAUGUCAUUAAUGCUAUUACUGAAAUUAACCUGGAUAAAACUCUCACUCCAAAUAACCCUGAAGAUGAUGCCACUGUUGCAGUAGCACUUGAUGCUGCUAGUGCUAUUAUUGAAAACAACCUGGAGGAAACUCUCAUCCCAAAUCACCAUGAAGAUGAUGGCAAUGGUCCAGUAAUCACUGAUGUCACUAGUGGUAAUAUCGAAGAUAACCUAGAAGAAGCUAUAACGUCAGAUGACCUCAAAGAUGAUGAUGCUGGUUGCCCAGAAAACACUGAUCUUGCUGCUGACAUUGAUAUAAAAGAAAAUAUUGACGCAGUUGUGGCCACCGAUCAACUUAAUGAUCAGGACUCUGAAUGCCCAGUAAACAUUGAUGCUGCUGCUGACAUUGAUACAAAAGGAAAUAUAAAAGCAGUUAUGGCCACUGAUAAAGUUAAUGUUGAGGUCUCUGUCAGCAUUUCCGUUGGACAUGAAAAGUGUACUAUGAAGCAAGAGAAAAAAGAUGGUUUUAAUGGGGAUGUAGAGGAAAGGCACCCCAGUAACCCAACACCUGAUGAUAUCCACUGUGGUAGCACUGAAGAAGAUUCAGAUGAGCUUGAAGUUAUAUAUGAAAGAAAAAAGCAUAAGUCCACAUGUCCUGUUGUAAAAUAUCAAAAAAGUGCAGUUCACUCAGAGGAGGCAAGUCAUUUUAGUGUGGACAUAAAAGUUGCGCACCCCCGUAACCCAACACCUGAUGAUAUCCGCAAUAGUGCUACUGAAGGAGAUUCAGACGAGGUGCAAGUUAUAUACGAAAGGAAAAAGCAUGUGUCCACCUCUCCUGUUGUAAAAUAUCAAAAAAGUGCAGUUCUGCAAGAGGAGGCAGGUCAUUUUAGUGUGGGUGUAAAAGUUGCGGAAUCGGUGAAUGCAUUACAGUGUGUCCCCACUGGUCAACAAGAGGAAGAAAGGAGCUUUAAUGUGGAUACAGGUGUCUCGGUCUCCAAUAUUCCACCUGGCGCGAAUGCUGCUACACACAACAAUAUUGUAGACACUGAAAAAUCUGAUGGAGCAAACAUUGAAUAUGUUUGUCCUAUGUGUGUCUUUGCUGCAUCCCACACCACUGAUGAUAAGCAAAAGAAUGCAGGCUAUUUGAAAGCAAUUACAGACAAUUUGAAAUCUGGUUGUCCAGCUGUAGUUAACGCUUCAAGCAGUGUUACUGAAGGAGAUCAGUGGGUAACUGCUGCUCUCAACAAUGUGCAGGGGCAGAGUGCUGGUUGUCCAACUGCUGUUAUUGUUUCAAACAGUGAUACUGAAGGAAACCAGUGGGUGAAUGCUGCUAUCGACAAUGUGCAGGAGCAAAUAUCUGGUUGUCCAACCAUCGUUAGUGCUUCAAAUAAUGUUACUGAAGGAAACCAAGAGAUAUCUGAUGAUGUAGACAUUGUGAAGGAUGAAAAUUCUGAUUGUCCAGCUGUAGUUAGUGCUUCAGAUACAGAUACUGAAGAAAACCAAGGGGCAACUGCUGCUCUAGACAGUGUAAAAGACGAUGAAUCUGAGACUUCCUUUGUGAAAGAAGAAACAAUAGUAGACUACACAGUAGAUCCAGAUGGCUCGGGGCAUGCAUCUCCUGUACAGCAUCGUGAAAUAUCUGCAGUCGAAGAGAAGGAAGAAGAUAGUAUUGAUACUGAGGAACAUGACUUGACUUCUGAUUACACAACUGAAAUUUCCAGUUUUAAAAGAGAUAUUAACUCAAGCCCUGAAGAAGCUUCCUUGUCUCACUUGUCUCAUGAAGCUGAAGACAACCUUGGACUUUCAUAUUCUUGGUUUGGAUGGGAAAGACAAGAGUCUGAAGCAGAUAUUAAUGAGGUUACUGAUGACUGGGAAACUGAUUGUCCACCAGAAAUACGGAACCCAGAUGCUAACAUCGAGAGAGAUCUCCAAGAAACUGUAAUUUCAGAUGAAUACAUUGAUUCAGUUCUUCAGACAAGAGUUCUGGAUAGUCCUCAAUCUUCAAAGGAAGACAAUAGUGCUGAGUCAGUUCUUGUGACAAGAUUUCCGGAUAGCCCUCAACCUUCAAAGGAAGGUAAUAGUGCUGAGUCAGUUCUUGAGACAAGAGUUCUGGAUAGCCCUGAACCUUCAAAGGAAGACAGUAGUUCUGAGUCAGUUCUUGUGACAAGACUACCGGAUAGCCCUCAACCUUCAAAAGAAGACAGUAGUGCUGAGUCAGUUCUUGAGACAAGAGUACCGGAUAGCCCUCAAACUUCAAAGGAAGACAGUAGUGCUGAGUCAGUUCUUGAGACAAUAGUACCGGAUAGCCCUCAAACUUCAAAGGAAGACAGUAGUGCUGAGUCAGUUCUAGAGACAAGAGUACCGGAUAGCCCUCAAACUUCCAAAGAAGACAGUAGUGCUGAGUCAGUUCUUGUGACAAGACUACCGGAUAGCCCUCAACCUUCAAAUGAAGACGGUAGUGUUGAGUCAGUUCUUGUGACAAGACUACCGGAUAGCACUCAACCUUCAAAUGAAGACAGUAGUGCUGAGUCAGUUCCUCAGACAAGACUAUUGGGCAGCCCUUUACCUCCAGACAGAGCCAAUACUGAUUCAGAUCUCUGCGUAGGAAAUCGGCUAAGUUCUCCAGUUUCAGCUGAAGAUAACAAUGUUGAAUGUGGUCUUCAGUCAAGAAUAGGUGACAGCCCUCCAGCUGCAAAGGAAGAUAACACAGUUGUUGUCGAAUCAAGUCUUCAAACAGGAAAACUGAGAAGCUCUGUAGUUACAAAAGACGAUAACAAUGUUGAAUGUGGACUUUCUACGCAAAAACUGAAAAGACCUGUAGUUUCAAGACAAGAUAGUGUUCUCUCUUGCUGUGUUCCUGAAAGCUGGAACCCAAAUAGAAUCCUUGUAGUAAAGCUGAGAAAAACUGAAGUGACUGAUUACUAUAAAGGAAUUGAAUCUCACAUGAGGGACAGAAAGUCAAGUAACAUAAGGAAUAUGGCAACAAAAAAAGAUCAGCUGCAGCUUGACAACUGUAUUGUUACACUGUCAGAAGACUACAGAAAUCAUAUUCCAGGAAAUGCAAAUCAUGGUCACCGUAACAGGUCAGGGAGCCUUGAAAAUAUCACAGAAGAUUCCAACCAAGAGGAUAACAUUUCCUCAAAGAACUGUGAAAAAGUAGGAGGAGAUCCUGCUUGUAAUUAUAAUUGCAAUUCCUGCUCAGAUGUUUUCUCAUCAAAAUAUAGUCUUAUCAAACAUGUAUUUACCCAUACUGCAUUAGAUGCUCCUGUACACAUUUGUAAAUUUUGUGGGAUAGUUUUUAAUUCAGAUGUUGAAUUGCAGAGACACAAUGAAAAGAGUUGUUGUAGAAUGUUGCACAAAGAACCCUGUCAUUUUAGUCAUAAGACUCAAGAAGGGAACUGUAAAACUGAUAUUAAUAGUUUCUUGGCAAAAAAUGAAAGUGCAGAUGGUGAAUUUACUUGCAGUUCUUGUGAAAAAGUUUUUCCAUCAAAAUAUUGUCUCAUAAAACAUGUAUUUACUCAUAUGGAUGGUGUACAGGCACCUUCACAUAUUUGUAAAUUGUGUGGCAAGAUUUUAAGUGCAGCUUUUAGCUUGAGAAGGCACUAUAAGUAUGGUUGUAAGAAGUCAUAUCGUGAAAAAUCAUGGAAUAGCGGUAAUCAGUUGCAAGAAGAUACACAUCAUGAUCACAGGAACUUGCAGGAAGAAGUGGCACAAGUUAAACAUGCUCCCAACACCAACAAUAAAGAGUUCUCUUCAAAAGAUGUCUAUGAUCAUGUUGAUGGCGAAGAAACUUACUCAUACAUCUGCAAUGUGUGUGGUGGAUCGUUUAGUACGGUAUCAAGACUGAAAAAACAUUUUUUGAAACUUUGUAGCAGAAUAGACGAUUCCAUACAGUACCUUAAUGGAAUACAAAGGAGGACACAAGAAAAGAAAAUGAGUGAUUGCUCAGAUAAGUCUGACAGAACUACAGGAGAAACUACUCAUUCUGAAUUCAAGUGUAGUUCAUGUCCAAAUGUCUUGUUAUCAAAAGAUAGUCCUACAAAACAUGAAUUUACUCAUAUAGAUACUACAUAUACCCCUUCAUACAACUGUAAACAGUGUGGCAAGGUUUUCAAUACAGAAUUUCACUUGGAAAUGCACAUGAGCAGAAAGGAACAGUGCACAGCUGUAGAACAUAGAGACGGUGUUGUUGACCUUGACCUUUCUGACAAGAAAAGGUUUUUGCCUCAGGUUCAUAAUGUGUCACAACAGGAGUUGGCCAUAUCUAUUAGUACUGCACAGUCAUCAAAUUCCAAACUUAAGAAUAUACGUGUCACAUACAAAUGGUCAGUUAGGGGUGGACGGAAGGUGAAAAUGUAUCUUUGUGAUUUAUGUGAUAAGCCCUUUAGAAAGUCAAGUAACCUUUUAACACACCGACGUACGCAUACUGGAGAAAAAAACUGCAUCUGCAAUAUCUGUGGUAAAUCAUUUGGUGUGAUGGGCAAUUUGAAGAGACAUUUGAUUUCACAUUCAGGAGAAUAUCCGUAUAUGUGUAAUGUUUGCAAUAGACAGUUCAAGCAGAAAGAACAUUUGAAGAGGCAUGGGCGUAUCCAUACAGGAGAGAGACCUCAUAAGUGCCGCAUUUGUGGAAAGAGUUUCAAGCAAUCAGGCUCAUUGCAAAAACAUAAAGUUGUACAUACAGGAGAAAAGCCACACAAGUGUGAAAUUUGUGGUAAAACUUUUGGUCUUCUUGGCAAUUUGAAGCAGCAUAUAUAUACACAUGCAAAGGAAAGAUGCUAUAAGUGUGACAUUUGUUUUAAAUCUUUUAGCAAGUCCACUACGCUGAAGAAGCAUUCAUGCAUUGCCCCAAGUGAAGGCAGGCGAUAUAAAUGUACCUUUUGUUGUAAAUACUUCUAUCAAUAUUGUCUUUUGAAACAACACCUUGCUAUUCAUACAGGAGAACGACGUUACAAGUGUAAUGUUUGUGGGAAAUGUUUUAUUGGAUCGGGUAAUUUAAAGAUUCAUAUGUAUGUACAUACUGGAGAGAAACCAUACAAAUGUGAUGUAUGUGGAAAAACUUUUAACCAGUCCAGCAGUAUGAGGCGACAUUUAAGAGUACAUAAUACAAUGUAAUGUGUGCACAUGGUACUGUUUUCUGUAUGUUU